AUAUAUAAUUAAAUGAGUGUAUAAAAUGUGGCACAAAUAUAUCAAAACUUUCAUAAGAUGCAAAAUUAAUUUGAAGAAAGGAUAAAAGAAUUUCGUAGCUAUUAUUAAAAAGGUAUUUUUAUAAAUAAGCUCAUAAUGUAUCUAAUCAAACACAACGUCUAUAUACAUCAAAAUCCAACAUCAAAUAAGAGGAUUCGAAAUAUUUUUAAGAGAGAAUGGUGAUUCCCAUGCCAUAUUUUCAGAUUCAACUAUUCAUUUUAUUUUUUUAAGUAUUUCCCAAGCGUACCAAACUUAAAGCUACCAAUGUGAGAAUCAGUGCCAGAAUAUCCUUUUUUUUUUUUUUUUUUUUAAUUUUGAAACGCAAUCUUUAAUUACUCCACUUAAUUUCCUUUUCUUGGCGUAUUUCUAUUCUCUAAUCUCUAGAUUAGAAAAUCUACCUUUUCGAGUUAGAUGUUUCGAGUUGGUUUAAAAUUACGUAUCGUGUCCGAAUUAAUAUCUAUAUAAUUUUAAAGUCGAGUUAAAUUAGAUUCGAUUAUAAAAUCGAGAAAAUAUCAAACCUUUGAAUUUGUUUUGAGCUCCUCGAUUAUAAAGGUAUCAAAAUUUGUUAUUCACUCGAUUUUGUAAUUAAACCAACCAAAAAAUUUGAUUUAAAAUGGAUUCCGUUGGAAUGAAUACCUAAUGCUGCUAUGCACAUUACAUUGUAUUUUUUAUUUUAGAAAUAUUGCCACAAAAAGAUUUCUAUUUUUUUUUUUUUGGGAUAACAAAAAGAUUUCUACUUAUAAAUAGUAUUUCACCCAAGCGUUUUUCCUCCCUCCCAUCAAAAGCGCCGCGUUCAGUUGUAGAGAGAGAAAGGGGCAUCAUCUUUCCAGAGAGAGAAAACUCUACUCUUGAGCUUCACGGAGAUAAAUUUCUAAAACGAUUAAAUUAGGGUUUUCUGCUUUUCUCUGUUUAUCUCUCUCUCAUCGCUUAGAUUGCAGAUUGUUGAGAUAUAUUUUCGAUUUGAUCGCAUUGUAUUUUCAGCGUAUACAGGUAUAUUUAUUCUUCGUAUUCUUUGCAAUUUCAACUUCCUUUAUUUAGGAUUUCAUUUUUUCGAAUCUGGCUUUUGUUUGUUAUCAUUGUUGCGGAGCUUUUUGGAUGGAAGAACUGGAAUGGAUUUAAAGUAGAAAUUUGAGUUUUUGAACUUGAUGAUCUAUAAUAGUGAAAGUUCAGCAAAUUUUCAUAUUCUGCAAAUGCUCGUGUUUUCUUUCAAUUCUAUUGAUUUUCCUAGGUUUUUUCUCACCUUCCCAUUAUAAAAAGUUUUUCCCAUCUUAAUUUAUUUUAGUCUGAUUAUUGAUUUUUGAGCUACUCCUAAUUGCUAAUUAAUUGGUGUAUUGUAUAAGUAUAUCGUUUAACUUUUUGAUAGAUUGCCUAACCGAACCCCAGUAUCUGACCAAACCACUCAUGAUUUAUGUAAUUAAAAAGGGGCUUCCUUCAUUAGGUGGGUUGCUGAUUGAAAUUACGUUUUCAUUUGUUUAAUAUCCCUGCUGAGAUGAGAUUAUUAUAAUCUUAUUAAGACAAACGGUGGUGAGUGUUAACAGUACUAUUCGAGUCACGUGACCAGCUGUUGCUAGGUGCAGAAGUGCAGAACCACCUGUUUUUGUGUUGUGGGGCUACUUUUUAUAGAUAAGAUUGUUCGAGGUUGCAUUUGACACUUCCACUUGGAUGUUAGUCAUGUUACUAAUACUCCCCUCUCCCUAUAUCCAUUCACAUAUUUUAGUUUUAAAAACUUAUGUUUAGUGAUAGUAUCAAAAUAAAUUGAUGUGCUCCCUUUGUCUGUAUUAAAACUUAAUAAGUUUAGUCUUCAUGGUAUUAACUUACAAGUAAUUGGUCGCCACAUAAUUUUUAGUUCCUCGAGCCACCGAAUAAUAUUAGAUAAUUAGAAUAUAGAAUUACUUAAAGAAACAUUAAAGGGCAAGGGCAAAAUCUUGAGUACUUUGAUUGACCCUUGAUGCUGUAAAGAGUUCCCAAUUUUAUUUUGUAGAAACCUUCUAUAUUGCUUAUAUUUAACGCAAAAAACGACAUACUUUUUAUAUUGUAAUAAAAAAUUUGAUUGUACUUUUUUCUUGUAAGUUUUUGUCAAAUCAUGUAGUCGGAUCAUUAGAGGAUGGGCUUGGGGACUAUAUUGUUGGACUGAUUAUCAAAUUUGCCUCUCUUAUUUUAUACGGUUUUCACAAAGGAGUCAAUUAGUUUUUUAUUAGGAGUUGUCCUUUUGUAGUGAUAAUACCAGUGAAUAUUGUUUUUGUUUCUUUGUUUAUUGGGGUUUGGUAGAUGACUUGAGGAAUUAGUAUGAAAAGGGAACAAAUGGUAUUGUAUAAAAAAGAACUAUUAUCAUACUAGUGCUACGCAUAGAAUAUAGGUGUAAUCAUUAAUGUCACAAUAUUAAAAGGAUAACAAAAUAUGUGCAGAAUGAGAUGUCCAAUUGGUCACAUGUUUUGUGGUCCAGUUGGUCCUUCAAUAUGUGCUGUGGACAUAUUUGAACGUGUCUUAUUGACGCGGUAAAGUUACCCACCGAUUUUGACAUCUUUAUACAGCUGUUUGCUAUAAUAUAAGUAGUCCUACUUCUUAAACACCUAUGCAAAUUGGGGCUUAUUGUUUGUUAGAUCCUCUUCCUUGUCUUCAUCAAUCUAUGUGAAAUAAAACAAGAAAGGAAUAGGAUUUUUAAGUUCCACAAAGGAAUAGGAUUUUGAAGUCCCACAUUCAUCCUGCUUCAUUACUUUUAGUGAACAAGUUAAUUGUACUUUGUUUCAGAUCUUCAGUCAUGGUUUUCUGGAUUUUUGGCUAUGGUUCAUUGGUGUGGAACCCAGGUUUUGAAUACGAUGAGAAAGUGAUCGGUUAUAUCAAAGACUACAGACGGGUUUUUGAUCUUGCAUGCAUUGACCACCGGGGCACGCCUGAACACCCAGCCAGAACAUGUACGUUAGAAUACAGCGAAGGAUCGUUAUGUUGGGGUGCUGCUUAUUGUGUAAAAGGGGGUCCUGAAAUAGAAUCAGCCGCAAUGCAGUAUCUUGAGCGCAGGGAGUGUGAAUAUGAUCACAAAAUAACUGUUGAUUUCUACAAGGAAGGGGAUGAUCUUGAGCCUCUAGUCACUGAUGUAAUUGUCUUCAUGUCCACUCCUGAUACCGUAUCGAACAAAUAUUAUCUGGGUCCAGCUCCAAUGGAUAAAAUGGCCUGGCAAAUUGCAACUGCUUUUGGGCCAUGUGGUAACAACAGAGAUUAUGUUUUCUUGCUUGAAAAAGCCAUGCAUGCUAUAGGCCACGAGGAUGAUUACGUAAUAGAGCUAGCAAACGAGGUGAGGAAGGUGCUUGAUGUCGUGAAGUCAGCAACCAAAGAGAAAAACCUGGUUGCAGCUCCUCAUGUUGUCAAAGAUCAUAUUCCAUCCCUCCAACUUCUCCCUCGCCAAGAAACCGUCGUGUUGGACUCGUGAUAAAAGACAUAGUUAUGGAAGAAUAUUAGAGUUUAGGAAGAUAAAGUACCUCUAAUAUCUGUUUACUGAUGCCCUCCUAAUCUCUUAAUCUAGGCAAUGAGUAAUUACCUCACACGGUUAUUCCUGAUUGGAAUAGAGAUGUAUUUGUAGUCUUAGCUUGAGCUCGUUAACCUUUUGCUUUGACUGCAACGAGGCAAUUAUGUAAGACAAUUGACAAUCACUGUUCUGUGUUCUGACCCAUUGGGCUAAUAAAAUUUACUUCUAUAA